AUGCUGCGCAGCGCCGGACGCCCUCCCUGGUACGCGCCCGACGGCAAGAAUUACGAUGUCUACAUGGUAGGCGUUGCCGGCGGCAGCGCCAGCGGCAAGACCAGCGUGGCGAAGCGCAUUGUGCAGGCCCUGGACGUGCCUUGGGUGGUGAUUGUCAGCAUGGACUCGUUCUACCGCAAGCUGUCGCCGGAGGAGUCCCGGCAGGCGUUCCUGAACAACCACGACUUUGACCAUCCGUCGAGCUACGAUUACAACGAGGCACUGCGGUGUAUGCGCGAUCUGAAGCAAGGCAAGGCGACGACAAUCCCACAGUACGACUUCACCAAGCACGCGCCCAGCUCCGAAUCGCAACACGUCUACGGCGCCUCGGUGGUGAUUUUCGAGGGCAUCUUUGCACUGUACGAUCCGGCGCUUCUGGAAAUGAUGGACGUCAAGGUGUUUGUGGACACCGACAGCGACAUUUGCCUGGCCAGGCGAAUCAAGCGCGAUGUGACGGAGCGCGCGCGCGACCCGAUCGGCAUUCUGCAGCAGUACGACCGGUUUGUCAAGCCCGCGCCGACCAUGAAUAACGCCGACGUGAUUAUCCCGCGCGGGCUCGACAACGAGGUGGCGAUUGAUCUUCUGAUCAAGCAUAUCCAAAGGCAGCUGGACGCGCGCAGCCAGGCGAUGAUGCGGCCGGCGCUGAUGCCCGAGACGAACCAGCUGCGCGCCAUGCAGACCAUCCUGUAUGACGCGACCACCACACGCGACGACUUCAUCUUCUACUCGGACCGCCUCUCGCGCCUUCUUGCUCGAUUCUCCGGCCGACGCCUGGCACCGAACGUCACCGGCGUGACGAUCCUGCGCGCCGGCGGUGUGAUGGAGAAGGCCUUGCAUAGUGUGGUGAGGCCGGCACACUACGGCAAGAUCCUGAUUGUGGGCGACCCGACGACACACGAGCCGCGGCUGCACUACGUCAACCUGCCGCCAUCGAUUGGCCACGGCCAGGUGCUGCUGAUGGACUCGACUGUUGUCAGCGGUGCCAAUGCACUGAUGGCCAUCCGCAUCUGCCUUGACCACGGCGUGCAGCAGGAGAACAUCUUGUUCAUGUCGCUGCUGGCCACCCCACACGGCGUCCACGCCAUCCAGGCUGCUUUCCCCCGGGUCCGUGUCGUCGUCGCGCUGCUUGACUCGCACAUCUCCGAGGACAAUCUGCUGAUCAAGGCCGGUUACGGCAUCUUUGGCGACCGCUACUUUGGCACCGAGUGCUAGGACUUUUUUUAUUCUUUCCGUAAUCUGAGGUUUUUCUCAACUACUCUGUUACUCUCUUGUGGCUCUCGUCUGGGAUCCCGGUGCCUGGCGGAUACCGCACCGUCACCGUCUCCUCCCGCCGCCCGUUCUGCCACGUCACCUCACGUGUCUCAACUGCACCGUCCGCGCGCGUGCGCGUCGUGGACUGGUACGACCGCAUGAAUCCGUGCGGCUUCCGGAACAGCCGCUCGACGCCCUCCUGCACGUCAUCUUUUAAUGCAUUGAUCAGCGA